UGCACACAUAUUGCUGCGCGUUCACGUGAGCUCUCCUGACCAACUUCCAGCAGACAGACAGACACUCAGACAGACAGAGAGAGACAGACACACAGUGGGUGAAGUUUGGAGAGGAAAACUCAGACGAGAAGCUUCACCAAAACAUCAAACUGACCCAGGCCAAAGCCAGGCAGCAGCAGCCACAUUAUGGACGAUUUAGACGCGUUGCUGGCGGACCUGGAAUCUACUACGUCCCACAUCUCAAAGCGACCUGUGUUCUUGGCUGAAGAGACCCCCUACUCCAUCCCCACCGGAGGACAGUCCUACCAGGAUGUGUCAGUUCCACCUCCGGUCCCUCCUCCGCCCUCAGCCGAGGCUCUGAACGGGUCCCUGAUAGAUCAGCCGGACUCCCACCACUCCUCUCAGCAGUCGUUAGGUUCAGCCCAGAAGAGCUCAUGGUCCAGGGACAGUAGCAGCUCUCCGUUGUCUCACGUUGAAGAGGACCACGUCUACAGUUUUCCAAACAAACAGAAGUCAUCAGACUCGUCGACAGCAGCCAUGACCUCUGCCAUGGGCAGCAACCUCUCAGAGCUCGACAGGCUGCUGCUGGAACUCAACGCAGUGCAACAAAGCUCCCCGUCAUUCCCCACUACAGAGGAGGCAGCUCCACCCUUACCGUCCUGCAGCAUCACCCACUACGAGAACGGCGGCGCCCCUGACAUCACGGUGAGCCCUCCCCCUCAGGAGAAACCCAAGAGGAACGGAACGAGGCUGGAUGAGGCCCGACCCACCGUGGAGAGUCUGCUGGACGAGCUGGAGGGCUCAGUGCCUUCACCCAGCUCCUCUGCUCGCCACAGUGAUUUGGACACACCCUCUCAGCAGCAAGCCAGAAUUUCAGCUUCCUGUGCCACAAGAGAGCUCGACGAGCUGAUGGCCUCUCUGUCUGACUUCAAGCCCAGUACUUUGGGCUCUGUCCUGGACUCAGCAGGAGCGUCUUCCAGCUCUCCUCAUCCUCCAGUCUCUUCCUCUGUCACCCCAGUGGCUUCUCCUUUCCCGAGUCUGUCCCACCCAUCUACCUGUGCCUCUCCUCUUUUCUCUUUGCCUUCUGGUCUGGAGCUGCACAUAGACGAGGAUGGAGGAGACGGUGGCAUGUCGUUGCCCCAUGCGAACCGUCUCUGUCCCCACAGUCCUAUAUCCUCCCUUUCUGCAGCCAGUGACCUAGAGCUGGACUCUAUCAUAGAUGUCUCUGCCGCCACGCUGUCAUCCCAAACCAAGUCUCUGCUAGUCCUCUCUCAAGCUGCUUCCUCCUACUCCAACCUUAUGAGAAAUAGCCCAAGUCCUUCCAAUACCGCCACCACCCCCUCACUUACCUCAGUUAACACCGUCCUCGACCACAAGUCCUCCAAGUCCCCUAGUCCAUCUGUAGAACAGGUGUCUCCUUCAAAUACUGUCGGUAAAUUCCCUUGUGCUCCUGAGACUGUGAGCAAGGGCUCUCUUUCUGUUCAUGAGCUUGUUUUGAAUUUCUCCACCCCACCUCCUCCUUUUAAAAACCUCACCCCUCCUGACUCAGCUCCAAAGACUCCUUCACCCAUCCCUGUCGCUGUCUCUGUAUCUCAACCUUCUGCACACGCCUCCUCAAAAACAUCCUCAUCAUCUCCAGUCUCUACAUCGAUGGUCCCGUCUCCACUGGCCUUCGCUAGCCCCAGCAGACAGCUGUUGGAGUCGGCACCCGCAGCCCAGAGAGCCAGCCCCUUCACGGUGCAGCAACCCCCCACGGUGGAGCCCUCCCUGGACGAGGCACUGGACAAGCUGCUAGCCAUGAGCUUUGCACAGAAUCACUCAGCAGCACACGUGGAGGAGCCACAGCUGAGCAUGGACGCUCAUUGUCUUGGCAGAGGGAUGCAGGACAUGCACGAGGAGCUCAUCCUGCCCAUGGACAGAAACAGCGUGCAGCCCGACACUUUCACCAGCGCCACCAACACCAUCACAGACGAAUCAGUGGACGGAGGCACUGAUGGGAACGGAGAUCUGGACUGGGCCGAUGAGGAUCUGUCCAUGUCCUUCCACGAUGGUUUUGACGGCACCAUGACGCCUUACACCGAGAGGCCGUACACAGAUGGCAGCAUGACCCCGCUGACAGAGGCCAGCUGGAUGGAUGAGUCCAUGACCCCGUCUUCAUGCCCCGGGACGCCUGACGUUGCCCUGGACCUGCCCCUGCUGCAGACUCCCAAUAUAGACAGAGUCUCUGCUUCCGGACAUAUAAAGUCAGUGAUUAGGAGCACUAAGGGGACUCCCAACGUGCACCCCAUGUUCCGAGAUGGUCACCUGCGCAGGAAGAUGGGACCCGUCCUCGUAAACAAGAACACCUCUCAGGACCGCCUCAUAGAGGAGCUUCAGGGCAAGUUCGGGAUCGGCCGCUCAGAGCGCCGACGUAAACAGUCCGACGACUGGCUGACCGAGGGCGUCAUCGUCACGUCCAAACCCCAGCGUUUCCGUCCCGAUGGGGCCGGCUGUGAGGUCGACAAGAUCAUAAUUCCCCCAGAGUCGCCUGUCCCUGUGAGGAAGGUGCUCCCACCUCUCUCACCCCCUGCCUCUCAUCGCCCUCCUAUUAUAGAAGAGCCUAAGCGUGUGUUCCCAGUAAAGCAUCCCCCUAUCCCCACACCGCCACCACUCCCUCCUCCUCCCUCUCCCCCUCCCCCUCCACAACCUUCCCGCAUCCAGGAACCAUUUCACGCUGCACCUCGGCAGAUUAUAAAAGCCGCACCUCCACCAGCCCCAAUUCGAGAACCUCCUGCCCCCAAACCAGAGCCCCCUCCUCCUGUUCUUAAAACCCCAACCUGCCCUGCACCAGUGGAGCCAGUUACACCAAUUGCACCCAAAGUCCUGGUGUCAGUAGGCUGCCAAACAGAGUAUGACCCAAUCUUCCCUCCAAUGCAGAUUAUGGCCCAAGGCAAGGGUGGCGUUCCUGGUGGGCCUCCGACGCAGGUCAACAAGCUGGACAACAUGCUUGGUAGCCUGCAGUCUGACCUCAACAAACUGGGCGUGCAGACGGUAGCUAAAGGAGUUUGCGGAGCCUGCUGUAAGCCAAUCGUUGGACAGGUGGUGACUGCCAUGGGCCGCACAUGGCACCCUGAACACUUUGUGUGCACACACUGUCAAGAGGAGAUAGGCUCCAGGAACUUCUUUGAGCGUGAAGGACAGCCGUACUGUGAGACGGAUUACCACAACCUGUUCUCCCCGCGGUGCUACUACUGCAACGGACCCAUACUGGAUAAAGUUGUGACGGCGCUGGAUAGGACAUGGCACCCUGAACACUUCUUCUGCGCUCAGUGUGGAUCCUUCUUUGGCCCCGAGGGCUUCCACGAAAAGGAUGGAAAAGCUUUUUGCAGAAAGGAUUACUUUGACAUGUUUGCACCAAAAUGUGGCGGCUGUGCCAGAGCCAUUUUGGAGAACUACAUCUCAGCGCUGAGCAGCCUUUGGCAUCCUGAGUGUUUUGUUUGCAGGGAGUGCUUCACCCCGUUUGUGAAUGGAAGUUUCUUUGAGCACGAUGGCCAGCCCUACUGUGAAGUGCACUACCACGAGCGCCGCGGCUCCCUCUGCUCCGGUUGUCAGAAGCCCAUCACGGGACGCUGCAUCACAGCCAUGUCCAAGAAGUUCCACCCGGAGCACUUUGUCUGCGCCUUCUGCCUGAAACAGCUCAACAAAGGCACCUUUAAAGAACAAAACGACAAACCCUACUGCCAUGGCUGCUUCGUCAAGCUGUUCAGUUAGGGAGUCAGGUUGAGCAUUUAACAGUUAUGGGUCAGGGCUUAGAUACGUGUCUAAAGCAUCUUUAGCACAGGUAGGGUGGGGAUGGGGUCAAUUGUGUUUAUAUCAAAGAAGGUUGUCUGUGUUCUGAUGGUCACAUUGGAAGUGUGUAUGGGUUAAGUAUGUGCAUGUGGUUGAAGCAGCGUACUGUCUCUGCCAGACUAAAAAUAAUAAAUAACUUGUCCUUCAGAAAUUUGGAAAACGUCCCUAUUUUCAGACUGACAGCUCUGCAUUUUGCAUUGCAGCUCUUAUAGGUCUUGAGUGGGUCAAUAGACCCAAGUGUGACACAAAUAUACUCGUUUUUUCUAAUCAACAGUGAUAUGUACAAGGUUUAAGGUUUUUUCUUAAUCCCCUGAAAUGUGUUUCAACAGGCAAAGAGCUGUCCUUUUCUGUAAUUCCCACAUAUUUGUGUUUCAAAUUCUUUUUAGUUUUUAUUUUGUUAGAUGAUGGUGAAUUCUUACUGAACACUGUAGAAAUCUAUGACCUACUCUGCAUGUUUGACAUUGUUGCUCACUGGCUGAGCGUGUCAUUUUAGAAACAUUACAAUAGAAACUGUUUUUACAGAGGAGGGUAGAAGGUUUUCCCCCUUGGUAUAAAGUUGGUCAAAGCAGAUGGAUAAAUCCAUGAUAUCACUGUAGCAUUAACAGGAAAUUAGCUUUAUUCACAAUUAUUUUGUAUGUGUGAAAAUGCUAGUGUCUUUACACUUUUACAGAUGCAAGAAAACACCCAUAAACAUUUUAAUUUUACACAGUUUUCAAAAUCUGAGUGUCAAGCACACCUAUUUUUUUAGCCAAAGGCAAACCUUGCAUGGAUGAAUAUUUUCACAGCGAUCGCCAAUGAAGAAUAUGUAGUCAUCCACCAGUAGCUGCAGUAUUCACUCUCAGUUACAUAUGUUAGAACAAACCUCGCGUUUUGUGCUGCCAAAUCAUUCCUUGUAUUUUCACAGAAAAAAAAAAAAGAGCAAACCAUCUGGAAACAGAUUCUUGCAGUCGUCUCUUACAGUGAAGUGGAAUCAUACAGAGAUAUUGGAAGCAUAUUGUGCAUCUCUCACUACCAUUACUGUUUUAGGUACCUCCUGAGAAUUUUUUUUUGUAAAUAUCCAAUGCAGCUACAUUGCUUAGCAUGAACAUGCGUUUAAUAACCACUCAUUCAAAGAGGGAGAGAGGGCUGGUUGGAAGGCAUAGCAAAGAUACUUUGAUAUUUUUGGUGCCAUUACUGUAUUGAAAAGCUGAUGAAUGUUCACUAUUUUGAAAGAAGUACAUAAUACAAGGAAAUGUGCCUGUGAUAUUUCAAUGACUAUGCAACUGUGGAUUAACAUCUUUGUAUUUCAGCAUCAGCAUGUAUUUCUGAAGUAACGGGCCGUCUGUGCCAUUGUAUCAGUACCAUGUCUAAUAACACUGGCAACUUCAGCGAAAUACUGAUAACAGUCUGCAGUUAUGUUUUCAUGUUAUUAGUCUGUGAGUCCACUGAAACAUAUAGGCUGUAAAAAUAGAGAGCCUGGUGGUCUGUUGAUGCCUCGUUUCCCUCAGCAUCUGAGUAGCAUCUACUGUAUGACCACCAGGUUGGGUCUGUACAUGUAAUCAUGACAUGCAGCAGAUAUACAGUAUAUAUCGGGCCUUUUGUCUUGUUCAGGGAGUUUCUAGAGCCUUAAAUCUUAUCUCACUCUAUUUAAGAUAUCAUGUAACAAGUGUCUUUUCGAAUCAAUUUAGUAGAGUGUUAUUUAACCAAAGCCAUACCUUCUUUGAAUUGUUUUAGUGUCUGUUCACUUUUUUUUUUUUUCUUUUCACUCUGAAUGUCAAUAGUUAUGAAUAGAAAGAUUCAUCACCUUUAGUCUGAUUACGAAAAUAAAUUCUGUUUUGGUAUUAAAAUGUUAUAAAAAAAGG